ACCCCGAAUAAGGAGCUAGUGACAGGUAGAAGUUCCCGUUGGAACGUUGAAGAAGCACACUGACACCUGGGCUAGCGCCUUAAAGUCCCGGAGAAUGAAGCUAAUAAUAAGAGUCACUUGUCCCAUGCGGUCGUCACCGUUGGUCGAGUCUCCUGACAACCAGUCUCUCGGUUGUUGUUGUCGAUGUGGGAUUUGUGAACAGCGUCACUCCUUACCUUCCCACAUUUCUUUCCCUUCUUUACCUCGCUUGCUGGGCAGGCGUCCAUUCUCUUCUCGGCCUUUUGGCGACUCUCAACUAGGCCAUUUUUCCAUUGCCACUUCUCUUCGUCGACGCUAUGGUUUUCGCUCUCUUCUCCCUGCUAGCCUGUGCAGCCCUUGUUGGUGCCACUCCUUUUCGACACCGGGUAGUCGACUCGUUGGAUGAAGGAGCAACAGCAGAGGCUCACCAGCGCGACAACAGUACUACUCGAGCGUUCUCUAAUGUCCAGAUCAAGACGUCAGAUGGCAAAUGUCUCUUCGUUGAUGGACUUUCGGGCAACUUCCGCGCCAAUUUGACACCGGUUCAAGUCGCCGAUUGCGGGUCGACCGGCGGACAAGGCUGGGACAUCGUCACUGCCGGAAGGCAUGUCAAGGGCGACAACGUCAUGCUCGUUGUCAACACCCUUACCCAGACCUGCCUGAAUUUUGACCCGCGCCAGCAAGCGGGGAGCCAGGUUCUGCUGGCUUCGUGUGGUGGCCGUGCUGGCGGCGAAGGAGAGGUGACCGACUCUCAGCUAUUCGCCUUCAGCGGCGGUGCUGGUCCCCUUUCUCUUCAACCGCGGAACCGAGUGGGAUCUUGUGUCGUCGUCAAGGACGGAGAUAUCGAAGUUGCCCGAUGCGAUAACAGUGAUGCUUCUCAACUCUUUACCUUCGGUGACGCAGCAGGCGAGGGCGGCAACAACACUAUCAAGAUCAACAACAAGAACGGCCGCAACAAGAAGGGUCACUCAAGUUCGACCUGCGCAAGAUCUACUCGGACUGUGACUGUGCUCCCGACGCAGAGCGGGGAAAGCACGGCAGCUCCGACGACAACACCAGCCCCGACAGCAGGUGGCGGCGGUGGCGAAGGGAGUGCCGGGCCCGGAACCAUUCUGACAGUGAACCCCACAGACCCGGUACCGGUGUCGCGGGCUGGGGGCAUCCUGCAGCCGACGGCGGCGGCAGAAUCGCAUCAACGAGACGCGACGGCGGAACGAGCCUUUAGCGGCGUGUCGAUCCGUGCGCCGAACGGCCAGUGUCUCUUCGUCGACCCAACGGCGGGCGACUUCCGCCAGAACCUGAUCCCUGUCUCGCUGGUGGACUGCACUGGAGCCCCUAACGAGAAAUGGGAUGUCAUCACCGAGGGCAAGCACAACACGCCGAAUCCAAACCGGCCUGCCGCCCUGAUUGUGAGCGCAUUGACGCAGGGCUGCAUUAGCUUCGACGGAAGACGGCAACCGGGUGAUACCGUAACCAUCUUUUCGUGCGGAGGUCGCGCUGAUGGCGACGGCGAAACGGACGGCAACCAACUGUUCCCGUUUAUCGGACAGACAAGCUUCGCGUUUGCGCCAGUGAACGAGGAUGGGAAAACUUGCAUCCUGCCUGGAGAUGGCAGGCUCGAUUCAGGACCCUGCCCUAGUGACGGUUCCCAGCUGUUUUCCAUUUUUGAGUGAACAGAACUCGGCACCGACCCAUGUUAACGGACCCAUUGCUGGCUGUCGUGUACGAUUUCAGAAAAGUCCAAGGGGAAAGCUGUCAG